AUGUCACUGUUAAUGAGACAACAUUCCUUUAUUUACAAAAUACCUUUGCGCUUAAGUUCAACAGAAUCCAAAAAAAUUGGCCAAGAUGCAACGAAACAACGAUCAUCGAUUGACGACAAUGAAAUAGAGCAUCAUGGAAAAUUAUCAGAAUUAUGGUGGAACACAAUGGGACCAAUGCGUGCUUUGCAUGCUUACAAUCCUAUCCGUGUUCAAUUUAUCCGAGAUGGGCUGAAAAACACUGGAUUGAAUGAAAAGCAUCCUCGCUACCCACUAGAAGGAGUACGAAUUCUGGAUGUUGGGUGUGGUGCCGGAAUUCUCUCCGAAGCUUUGGCAAGAAUCGGUGCUAAUGUUACAGGAAUCGAUGGCUCGGAGCAAUUGAUUGAAACUGCUAAAAAACACGCGUCUUUAGAUUCAAAUUUGUCCAAAAAUUUGAGUUACUCGAUCACUUCCGUUGAAGAUCAUGUUGCGGAUAACAAAUCAGAAAUUUAUGAUGCGGUUGUUGCUUCAGAAGUUAUCGAACAUGUUUCUAAUAAAGAUAUUUUUGUAAAAUACUGCGCCAAAGCAUUGAAACCAGGAGGUUCUAUUUUUAUCACAACAUUGAAUAAAACUAUUCCGUCGUUUCUAGGCGGGAUUGUUUGUGCUGAAUAUAUUUUACGCGCAAUUCCUAUUGGAACUCAUGAGUGGAGUAAAUUUAUUUCACCUGAAGAUACUCAACGCCUAUUAGAUCAACAUGGAUGCUGUACACAGUUAGUUCAUGGAGUAUUUUUCAAUCCUCUAACAAAUACAUGGAAUUGGACAUCUUCGAAAAAUAUUUUCUACGCUUUACAUGCCGUUAAAUCAGAGACUUAA